UUAAUAAUUAACGUGAGUAUCUUCCAAAACGGAGCUCCGUGACUCCGUCACAAAUUCUCUACCAAUAUGAAAAAGAUGAUCGCGAUUCAUCUUCGUCUCCAAAGAGAUUAGGAAAGAGAUUGCGAUUCAUCGCCAUCUCUCUCCUUCCUCCUCUUCAAGAUGAGAUUUCUCCUCGAAUGCGUACCUUGUUGCGGAUCCUCAACCUACCGCUCCACAUCAACGCCGCCGUUGCCUCCGUUGGCCAUUUUGGAACAUCAAACCGACGAUGAUAGUCUGAAUCGAGGCAGGAAGCGAGUUAGGCGGAGGAUCUCAAGGUCCAUGUCGUCUGUCGAUUGGAGACCUUCGCUGGCUUCGAUCUACGAGGAAGAUUUUAUUACAGAGGAAGAGGAGGAGAAGAAGAAGCAGGUGAUCGCUGGAUCUGAUAAAGGAACGAACAAGAAGAAGAAAUCGGCGAUCUCGGUGGCUAAAUUCGAUGUUCGAAGCUAUUCGUUUGAUGUUAAUGACUUCGGACGACGCAGUUUACCUUCGAUGAAUUCAGGAUUCUGUGCGACGCCAUUCAUGAUCUGAUCUGUUGCCUGUUGGUGGUAGAUGAUAGUAAGUACUCUAGAUCCUUCUUGUGUAAAUACUAAAAGUGAUUUGGAUGAUACUGGAUUUGAAUCUGGAUCUGGAUAUGUUAAUAGAACAGAUGCUUGCAUAUGAUCUUCCUUCUCCUUGUUAUCAUCUUCUUGCAU